AUGGCAGUCAAGAACAAGUACUCCGUCCUGCUCCCGACCUACAAUGAGCGCAAGAACCUCCCCAUCAUCGUCUGCCUACUCAACAAGACCUUCACCGAGAACAACCUCGACUACGAAAUCAUAAUCAUCGACGACGCCUCCCCCGACGGAACCCAAGAAAUCGCCCACCAACUCAUCAAAGCCUACGGAAGCAACCACAUCCUCCUCAAACCUCGCGCCGGAAAACUCGGUCUCGGAACCGCCUACGUCCACGGCCUAAACUUCGCAACCGGAAACUUCGUCAUCAUCAUGGACGCAGAUUUCUCUCACCACCCGAAAUUCCUGCCCGCAAUGAUUGCCAAGCAAGCCGAAGGAAACUACGAUAUCGUGACCGGGACGAGGUAUGCGGGUGACGGGGGUGUGUAUGGGUGGGAUUUGAAGAGGAAGAUGGUUUCGCGAGGGGCGAAUCUUUUCGCGGAUACGGUGUUGAGGCCGGGGGUUAGUGAUUUGACGGGGUCGUUUAGGUUGUACAAGAAGCAGGUUUUGCAGGAGGUGAUUAAUAGGACGGAGGCGAAAGGGUAUACUUUUCAGAUGGAGAUGAUGGUUAGAGCGAAGGCGAUGGGGUUUAAGGUGGCUGAGGUGCCGAUUUCGUUUGUGGAUCGGUUGUAUGGUGAGUCGAAGCUGGGUGGGGAGGAGAUUGUGGAGUAUUUGAAGGGUGUGCUUGGGUUGUGGGUGAAGGUGUAG